AUGGCUGUUGAAGACUAUUUUGAUGAUUUGCCAUACUUUGAUAUUGAAUUUCCACUCUUAAACGAUGAAAAAAUUAAGGAUAGAACUCGUUUAAUUCUAAGCAAACUUCGACCCGAUUGGCAAAAUAAUAUUACUUUUACAAUAUUCUCAUCGGGCAUUACGAAUAAAGUAAUAUGCGCUAAUGGACCUUUCUCAAAGGAAAAAAAUUGCCAAGAACGAGUUAUUUUACGAAUUUUUGGUAAAAAUACCGAGAAAAUCAUUGAUAGGGCACAAGAAAUAAACAGUUGGACAACUCUGUCGAAAAAUGGCUGUGCUGCUCCACUUUACGGAAGAUUUUCAAACGGAGUGAUUUGCGGAUUUUUAGAAGGUCAACCUUUAAAUAUCAGCACUAUACGUGAUCCACAUAUUGCCAAGCGAAUUGGCGAAUCUUUGGCGAGAAUACACAAAAUAAAAUUUAGUGGAUACGAUUCGUGUAAAAAGCCGUUAAAAUAUCAAAUUAUUUGCCAGGAUGUCGAGAAUCAGCAGCGUAUUACUCGUUUCCUUAUAGCAAAUGUCAUCUCCUUCGAAAAAGACGUUAAUCUUUUAAAGAAAUUUAUACGAAAACUCGACGUUCCAAUAGUAUUUUGUCAUAACGAUUUGCUUGCAUACAACAUUCUUUAUGAUAUUAAUCAAGAUCGAGCGAAUUUCAUUGAUUAUGAAUAUGCAGAUUAUAAUUAUCAGUUAUUUGAUAUCGCCAACCACUUUUGCGAAUAUGCAGGAGUUGAAAAUAUGGAUUAUUCACUAUGCCCAAGUAAAGAACAAAAACGUACUUGGAUUAAGAAUUACUUAAGAAGUUAUUUGGAACGAGAGCCUUGCGAUGAUGAAAUUAUACAAUUGCUUGAUGGUAUCGAUAUUUUUGAAGCUGUAUGA